UUUCAGUAUUUAUUCACAUUGCAAACAGUUCGCUUCGGCAAAAGGAAAUAAGUAAAUCUUAAUUAAAUCAUCAAACAAAAUGAGCUCCGCUGAAUACUAUCCAUUCAAGUGCACACCCACCGUUUACCCCGCCGAUCCCUUCGAUCCCGUUGAGGAUGCCGCAAUCUUGCGCAAGGCCAUGAAGGGCUUCGGCACCGAUGAGAAAGCCAUCAUCGAAAUUUUGGCCCGUCGCGGCAUUGUCCAGCGUUUGGAGAUCGCGGAGGCAUUCAAGACGGCCUAUGGCAAGGAUUUGCUUUCGGACUUGAAAUCCGAGCUGGGUGGCAAAUUUGAGGAUGUGAUCUUGGCUCUGAUGACACCUUUGCCACAGUUCUAUGCUCAAGAACUGCACGAUGCCAUCUCUGGAUUGGGCACCGAUGAGGAGGCCAUCAUUGAGAUCCUCUGCACAUUGUCCAAUUAUGGCAUCAAGACAAUUGCUCAGUUCUAUGAGCAAAGCUUUGGCAAGCCUUUGGAAUCAGAUCUGAAGGGUGACACCAGUGGACACUUUAAGCGUCUGUGUGUGUCCCUGGUGCAGGGCAAUCGGGAUGAGAACCAGGGUGUGGAUGAGGCAGCUGCCAUUGCCGACGCCCAGGCUUUGCACGAUGCUGGCGAGGGUCAAUGGGGCACAGAUGAGUCUACCUUCAAUUCGAUCCUGAUUACACGCUCCUACCAGCAGUUGCGUCAGAUUUUCCUGGAAUACGAGAAUAUUUCCGGCAACGAUAUUGAGAAGGCCAUCAAGAAGGAGUUCAGCGGUUCCGUGGAGAAGGGCUUCUUGGCCAUUGUCAAGUGCUGCAAGUCCAAGAUCGAUUACUUCUCGGAGCGUCUGCAUGAUUCCAUGGCUGGUUUGGGUACCAAGGACAAGACCUUGAUUCGUAUUAUUGUUAGCCGAUCGGAAAUCGAUUUGGGUGACAUUAAAGAGGCAUUCCAGAACAAAUAUGGCAAGAGCCUGGAGUCGUGGAUUAAGGAGGAUGCCAACAGUGAGAUUGGAUAUUUGCUUGUCACUUUGGUGGCUUGGUAGAGGCUGAAAAUUCCCAAUUCCAAAUACAAAUAAAAAAACUAAAGAACAAAUCAUAUGCCAAAAUGCAGUUAAAGCAAAGUUCAAGCAAUAUGUAACCCAAAUAUUUGAAAUUUUUUGAAAUUAUACAAUUGUGAUUUAUGUGUUAACACAAGAGAUACAAAAGCACAGCUAAUUGGUUUCAAUCCAAACAAUUUUAAACUUAACUUCAAGCAGUGAAUUUGUAGCUCAGUUUAACAAAACAAUUAGAAAUUCCACAGUUUAUAUUUUUUUUUAAAUUUUCUCGUUAAAACUCACAUUGUAAUCGACGUCUAACGUUUUGUUCUGUAUUUAUUUUAUAUCGUAUAUUUUAUUUU